AUGGCCACAACGGAUGCUACUAUGCUUGCUUCCACUCCCUUCAGGGGUUUCUAUGGUCAAACUGCAAGAAUAAUUUAUCAUGAAACCAGGAAUAUCCUGCUCUGGAUUUUCAAACUCAUCAUCGUAGUGCCGCUCCUGUCAUCUGGCGUUGUAAAGAAUGCUUAA